AUGGAAAGCCCAGUGGACCUUUGUUUUACUGAAGAAGGAUGUAGCCAUGACAUAGUUCUUGAGAAACAAGUGUUUAGAUCCAAAGUGCCAGAGUCUCAUGUUCAACUUGCUUGUAAUCUACAUUACUGUGCUUUUCCUUUGAAUGGAAAUGAGCUAUGCAUCUGGAAUACUGGCGAUAGCCUUGCUCAUCAUCAGCCAUUGCACUUGGUAGGACACCACCAUUCAAUCACGGCACUGGCAUUUGGAAGUAAAAUCAAUCCACUUCUUGUCUGCUCUGCUUCUUGUGACUAUGUGAUAGUAUGGAACCUGGAUGAGUGCACAAAGAAAGCACUACAAGGGUUAAUGCCUCGAGGAAUUGUUAUAGGAACUCUUUUGGGAAUGGUGCUUUAUGUACGAUUUAGUCCAGAUGACCAGGCUGUGGCAGUAUGUGCUGGAAAUCGGAUAUAUAUGUUAAAUGCAAAGAAUGAGGCUAUAUUAACUGAGUUGGAAGGCCAUCUGGCUCCAGUGACUGCAGCUGAGUUUUGCACCUGGGAGAGAAAUAUGCUUAUAUCAGUCUCUGAAGACAGAAGCUUUAAGGUUUGGGACUAUUGUACUGGAUUGCUAAUAUACCAAUCAGCAGUGUUAACAGCAUUUCCUUUGCUAAGUCUGUUCAUUGAUGAAGAAAAUAAACAGAUUAUUACAGGAUGUGCUGAUGGGCAGCUUUGGAUCUUCAGUUUGCUCAGUGGACAUCAGUACCGUUGUGUGGUACAUAUAAACUUAAAGAAAGAGCGAGAUAAAUUCUACAGCAAAACAGGAAAAUCUAGACAACAAUUAGAUCAAAUACAGAAGUUUUCUAAGCUGUACCUCACAAAUGACAGGAGACCAGAAGAAACAGUGGAAACAACAUUGCCAGUCCUCAGAAUUGAACACUGUGACCAAUCAAUAAAUUUAGGCAAAGAAGAAAACUUUUUUCCUGCUGUAAAUGCCAGAUGUUUGUGGAUAGGAAGCUCUACUGGUUUGUUCAUAAUUAACUUGGCAAACUUUGAAUUAGAAGCUGUUUUACAUUAUAAAGAUUACAGUGGCCUCACCAUUCAGUUUGCUGGAUCAUGCGCAUUAAUGAGGAAGGCAGUUAAUGGGAAGGUUUUCUGCUUGCUUACCUCGAUGUUUGAAAAUACGAUUGCUUUGCUGGAGAUUAACCUUGCUGCUUUGAUGAGAUCUCAGCAGAGUGAUUUUCUCUUAUGUGGAAAGGAGAAGGGGCUUUCAGUUAUUGCAAGUUGCUCUCUGUUGCCAAAUUCUCCAUUGUGUACUGAGUCUUUGAAGAAGGAAAGCUGCAAACCUACCAAUAAAAAAAAACUUGGUAUGAAGGGCACAAUGAAAGACCAGUCACUGGUUUUCCACAGUAAAAUUAAGUCAUCAGGCUACACAACAGCACCACAAAUGACCAUGUUUUCUCCAAAGACUAACUUGAAGAAAAAUAACAAGAUAUCAGAGUGGAAGAGCAGUUGCAAACGAAAAAAUAAAGAAUAUCUAUUGGAAAAUUCUCCUCCAACUAAAUCUGAGAGACAGAUAUCAGUAGCUAAUAAACCAACUUCUAUUUGCUGUAUUCAGUAUUCAGGGGAUGGAGAGCUGUUAGCUUGUGGCCUAGCUGACAAAUCUUUACUGGUAUUCAAUUCCAAUCUGACAGGAACACCGGCUGUUUUUUCAGGUCAUGAUGGUGCAAUUAACUCUGUUGGCUGGAGUCAUGACAAGAGGUGGUUAGUUUCUGCAUCAGAAGACAGAACAUUAAGGAUCUGGUCAGUCCGCAAUACAGAACCUGCCCUAUUUCUGGGCAAGGAGAUGUUCCAUAAAUCUAUACGCUUUGCACAGUUUUAUUACAUAGAUACAUUUAUAUUGCUGUGUUGUGGAGCUGAAUUUCAUCUGCUAAGUUACUAUCUUGACACGAGCAAGGAUGACCUAAAACGAUAUAAACAGAAGAGCAUUUGCAAAUCAGUACAGAAAUUCCCCAUGGCUUCUACUGUGGAGAUUACCAGCCUUUCAGCAAUAAAUGAUUUCUACUCUUAUAUUAUACUUGCAGCUGGUAGCAACCGAACAUUAGAAGUUUUUGACCUCAAUGCAGGCUGCAGUGCAGCAGUGAUACCAGAUGCUCAUUCUAGAUCAGUCCACCAGAUCUGUCAAAAUAAGGGAUCAGCUUUUAGCACUCAGCCACUUGAAGCUUACAAUCUUUUCAUGACCACAGCCACUGGUGAUGGCAUCAAACUGUGGGAUUUGAGAACACUGAGGUGUGAACGUCGAUUUGAAGGACAUAUUAACCGCUGCCACCCAUGUGGAAUAGCUGUCACUCCCUGUGGGCAAUUCAUAGCCUGUGGAUCAGAAGAUAAAAGCGCUUACAUAUAUGAGAUGCGUUCAAGCACCUUUUCCCAUAAAUUGGCAGGACACACGGAAUCAGUGAUCAACGUGGCUUUUAGUCCCUCGUCUCCACAGGAGGAGAAAUACUGUUUGAAAUCUCAUUGUAAAAGAAGUGACCUUUGA